AGACUCAAUUAAGUCAUCAAAUAGCUGGUGUAGAUGAUGAAGAAUUACAGAAAGAUGGAGAUGAGAAAGAGAACAAGAAGGAUGUGGACAAGGGCAAAGAUGAUAAGGAUGAAGUAUAUGAGAAUGAAUGGAUGGAUUGGAGAGCACAAAAAGUUUUAUAA